UGGUGCUGGACGUCGGGAGCGCUGGCCUCUGCUCUGCUGAUUUGCAGGUUGGAGUGCAGGGUGAGCCCGGCGCAGGGGAUAGGAGGUGGGGGGAGUCGAGAGCUGGAGUCAGGCGCAGCUCACGCUAGGAUGACGGAGUGUUAACCUCAGACUCUGGGUCCCUUUGGGCCGACGCUUUAAGAAAACAGGGGCAGCGAGCCCGGCGUCCCAAGGAGCCUUGCCAAGCUGGGCAUGGAGAACGGGCCUCCUGGAUGGCCACCCGCCCAGCUGCCAAAGAGGCCGGAGAGCUGGAGCCGGGACUUGGAGGAUCUUCUUCAGAGAGGCAGGAGGGCGGUCCGAACGUGCCCCCACCCCUGACCUCAAGCCCAUGUGGAGAGGGCCAACAGAGCCUCUUGGAGAGCUGGAUUUGCGUCCUCUGCAGCUUGGGGGACACGUCGUUGAUGGUGACUGACACGCCCCAGAGAUAGUGACAUGAUGAUUAAGAGUGACAGCCUGAGGGAGCUGAGCGCAGCAUGGCUGGUCUGGCAGCUGCUGUCGGUGUCGCGACCCCACCCCACUUCCCCGGCUCCCUGCCUCCUUCGCUGGAGAAGCAUCCUCAGCCAAUGGAGCCACAAUACCUGACAGCUGAAGGCAGGGAACAGCAGGAGGGGCCCCAGGAAGCUAGCCCCAAGGAUGGGAUGCUGUGGGAGGAUGCCCCGCUGGCCCCUGGUGACUGGAGCCCGUUGCGGAGGCCCCUGGCACGAGGUGGCAGAGCAGCUGCUCAGGCCUCCGCCUGUGGUCACCUGGGACAGGACUCAGGUGGACGGGGAUGCCUGGCUCGUUUAAUAUCACUGAUGUUGAGAGACAGAUGGGAAAAUAGCCAUGAGAAGGACGUGGAGUGGGAAGGCUGUCACUGAAUACUACUGACACUUAGAAGAGGGAAAAUGACAAGUUCAGGGCCACGGAUCACCAAUUUAAAGCAAAGUCAGGAUUCCUUGGCAGAAUUUAACGAAAUGCUUCUCUUCUAUAGCCAGGGGUCAGAGGGCAGAAGACAAGGUGCAGGACUCCAGAGAAGGCCAAAUUUCCAGCCCAGGGAAGUCCCUUCUCCAAAGUCAGGGCCUCAAGGGGAAGGGUGGGGUCCCUGAUAUCUGAGAUGGACUAUCUGAGGAGACACUCUUGAGACAUUGAACCCCCAGAUUCUCCUGUACCUCCUAGCCUGCAGAAGUGACCCAUUGCCUCUGUUGGAAGACAGAGGUCCUCUUUUGCUUAAAGACCAUGCAGAAACUAAGGGAAGGGACCUUACAAGACAAGGAGUUCCUCUCUCCAGCAUCUGUCCCCACCUCCCCUCCUGACCACCAGGCUCAAAGCUGGAUCAUAUCUCAGCAUGACCUGACCAAGGAUGUGCUUUGCAUGCCAGGGACCAAGAGGGAUUAACUAGCAGAGGAGUGGUGGGAGCAAGCCAGCAGGGACCAGCCGGGUCUAGAGAAUGUUCCUAGAUGUGGACUCUGAAGGUUCUGGAUCAAGGGAGGCUGCACAGAAGCUGGAGACUGGAGAGUUAAUUAGUACAGAAAGACUCCCUAACCCCUAAAAAGGCCCUAGGAAGAUUCUAAUAUGUUGCUUGGGAGGGUUCUUUUUUUUUGAGACAGAGUCUCUCUCUGUCGCCCAGGCUGGAGUACAGUGGUGCGAUCUUGGCUCUGCAACCUCCACUUCCCAGGUUCAAGCGAUCCUCCUGUCUCAGCCUCCCAAGUACCUGGGAUUACAGGCAUGCACCACCAUGCCCAGAUAAUGUAUUUUUUUUUUUUUUUUUUUUAGUGGAGGUGGGAUUUUGCCAUGUUGGCCAGGCUGGUCUCGAACUCCUGACCUCAAGUGAUCUGUCCGCCUCGGCCUCCCAAAGUGCUGGGAUUACAGGUGUGAGCCACAGUGCCUAGCACUUGAGGCAGUUCUUGAAAGCUUGGAAGAAGUGAUAGUGCAUAGGCGAUGAAGUGGAGAUGUCAGAACAGCCCUGGAGGAAGGUAUGCAAAGUCUCAGAGAAGUGGACAAGCCAGAAUGGCUCUUCUAUUGUAGGUUGUACAGGAAAACAGUAUGACAAGAGUGAUGCCAUCUUAAAACUGCCAUAUGAUGAUGAAUGUUUCACCCCCAUAUACCAAGCUGCUCUGCAGUAAGCUCUUUAACCCUUUGUAAAGAUGCUUAGCUAACCCCCUCCCCAAGUGGCUAUGAGUUUUGCAAUAAAAUCGGAGAUAUGGCCACCUGCACAUGUUUUACCCUAAAAGCUUGCUACCUAAAAGUACUUUCUGCAGGGCAGAUGUGGGGAUCUACCAUUUUGUGGCAGCCCGGAACAUCGCUUCUGCUCCUAAGUCCCUAUUACAUAUUUCUUUACAAGAAA